AUGUGGGUGCUAUGCCACUUUGUGCUGACUCAACUAUGGGUGGAAGCAAGAAGGCUGUCUGCAGUGGCAUCGUCCAACCUCACCGUUGACGUCUAUGCUGGUGAGAUCAGCAGCAUCGUGCGAACUGGACAUGGCAUCAUCGACCGCAUGCUCUUCUCGGUCCCGAAGUUGGCACUGCUGCCGGGAAUACUGGUGAGUCAGCCGUGGCUUUUGCUGCUUGUUCUGCCUGGAAAUAUCGGCCUCGACUUUGUUAGAGCAAAAGCCAUGGCGCAUCUCACAGGCCGAAUUGAGAAGAUUGGCCGUGAACUCCAAGAGCUUGCUUCUAGACGCAGCAACAUGGAGUAG